AUGGAUCGAGACUUGCUCGAUAACGACCCUCAACUUUUUCAAAUUCACAAAGCACAAAAAUCUCCAUACCCAGAGUUGCAAACAGCAACCAACACGAACAUCGGGGUGGUAGAGGCCGGCCUUGAAUCUGGCGUGAGGGUCUAUCUUUUUUCUCCAUGCAUUGUUUAUGGUAAGGGGGAGGGAUUUGGUAACAAGAUUUCGAUUCAAACCGUCGAUGUUGUGAUUGCCGCAAGGGCAGCGGGUCGUGUUUAUGAAUUUGGUCAGGAAGGACAGAUAUGGCCAGUGUCGCAUGUUCUCGACACUGUGUCCCUAUACUUUGCCUUGCUCCACGCUAUUUUGACAAACAUGAACCCUGGUCAUGGUAAAAGCGGAUUUUAUCUGGCAGCAUCUGGCAAGAUUGCUUGGCAUGAUAUCUACGUCGCUAUUGCAGAGGCCUUAGCCCGGCGUGGCGUGAUAUCCGAUGAGCGAGUUGAUUUGAUGACCGAUCCUGCCCUUGAGAAGAUUGCCAAAGCUCAAAACGUUUCUCCAUCUUCAGUGACCGUGAAGAUUGGUGGAAGCCGAGAACGGCAAGUCUCUGGGCUGGAAGCCGCAAUUCCCCCUGAGCAUAUACUUGGGAAUCUUGACAAGGAAGUUGAGCUUAUUCUCGAUUCCCUCGAUACUAAACACCUGGGCAUUCGGUAA